AUGGUAAAAACACCACCGGAGGUGGAUGCAUUUUCGAUGACCAUCAAGAACAACUCCACCGGCGAGCGAAGAGGUUGUCAUCGCCAGCACCAACACUUCCCUCGCCACCAGCUACUGCCUCUUUUAAUGCUUCCUUUUUCUCGGAUCAACAGAGGAUCGAAGACCUUCAUCCUCUUUUACACAAGGACCAGAGAAACCCACUCUAAACCCUCCUCAUCAUCCCCUUUCUACGAACGAUCAUCACCCAUAAACAUCCCCCACAAUCUAUUGCUGCUUCCAAUCAGCUCCCUCUUCUCGAGCAGACAAAGGCAGAGGACUGAAGUCCUUAUUCCUCCUUCGUGUGUUGUUGACCGAUUGGAUCAGAAGAAGAAAGAAGACGAUGGCAGUUUCAAGAUGAAUAAAACACCAGCCCUAGCACCGUUCACGCCGUCUCUCGACCCUCCUGGCUCCAUCAAACGACCCUCAGGUCAGCUUCAGCUUCAGAGGCUACCACCAUUCUCAUUUCCUAAAACCCAAGGGUUUCCAGAGGUUGUCGUCGCUUCAAUCCCUAGCUUCGAUCUAUGUGUCACAGCCUGGAACUUUUAG